CUACUGAUAACACUAUCGCAAGUAUCCAGUUCUUUUAUCACUACUGCUGAGACUACUACAUCUUAGUUUUCUCACCAAUACGUUUAGCACUACCAAUACUACUGCACUACUACUACUACAAUAACUUAUACGAUGAGGCUCCCACUACUUUUACUACAACUGUACUGCUGCUACGAAUACUACUGCUGUUUAUACAUAUUCUACUACUAUUAAUAAUCCUAAUAAUACUAUAACAAUAAUGCAAGUACUCUGUCAUGUCUCACACCACCAGCAGUACUUUUACUACCUCUGUUACCUCUGCUAAUACUAACUUCUGUCACUACUCCUACUACUACCACGAAUACACAAAUACUACUACGUAUUAGGCUACUCACCGUUCCUGCUUCUGCUGUUGCUAACACUACUGCCCCAACUUGUACUACUACUACUACUACUUCUUAAACUACCACUUCUACUUUUUAAAUACUUUUACAUGUAUUUCACUACUACCUCCCUGGUUACUACCACUAUUACUGCUUCUACUACCAGCUUAUACACCACAUUACCUCUCAGUAGUAACCUAACAGUAGUAGCCGGUUUCCUGUUUCCCGUACGUGAGUGGAGUCUCCUUGUGGUUUCCACUGUAGCCUACAGAAACUGAAUUUAUCUGUCAGGUUCAGGCGCGCGCAAAGGGCGCGUGCGCACGGGUUCACGCGUGUCCUGCCCGCGUGCUAUGAUCCGGCGCGUGGACAGAGACACACUGCAUCUCUCUCUCUCUCUCUCACACACACACACACACACACACGCAGAGUGAGGGAGAGGAGGCGGAAACCUCCAUCUGCCCUGCUCGGUGACCGACCCGUCAUCCUCGGGCUCGGGGAAGGAACGGAUCAUCUUCUCCCCGGUUCAUCUUUGUCCACUCCGUGACUGGCGAGACCGGAGGAGAAAGCGAGCGGAUGACGUGACGAAAGAAGAAGAAAAAGGAGGGAAUUUAACAUGGAAGAAACCUAUAGUCUAUAUAUAGGCUAUGCCCCGGACUGCACCACCACCACCACCCGCCGCCGCCGCCGCCACCUGCCCUCCUCCUGGUACCGGUCAAUGAGAGGCAGCAACAGCUCAGCCUGAGCAGCGAAUCCUCCCUCGUUCUCUCUCUCCAUCAUGCUCUCCUCACUUCCAUAUGUUAAAACCCAGUCGUCUUAUUUUAGCCGCACUGCCUUCCUCCUCCUCUUCCUUCUUCUCUCUUGCCCUCCUCUCUUCUGAGUUUUGACUCCCUCUCCUUUUACACACACACACACCGGAAAAUGAAGCGUGGGUCGAGUGUGUUGCAGCCUCCCCCUGAUGCAGCCAAACGACUCACACACCCUGCAAACACACGCACACAGACACACACCAGUGACGAUGCUCGCUCGCUGAGUGUGCCCAGCACACACGCCGAACACACGUCAGACACGCACGCUGAGGACGCGCCCGACGCACACGCCGUGGGUUCGAGCCCCUUCCCAGCAGCCACCUCUCUCUUCAGCCCCGAUGUCAGCACCAAGAUGGCGUCUGACCUCCUCAUCAGGCUGUCAGAGGCCACACAGAAGGCCCAGAUGCUUCCUGGGAGGCGAGCGGAGGCGGAGCCUCAGAGGCGUGAGGCCCUUCUGGAGGUCCGUGGCGGGCAGCAGGACGAGCCCGGCAUGGCCCUGUCACCGGACGGCCCCGGGGCGAGUCCCGAGCCGCCGUCACUCUCACACACACCUGAAGGCAACGCCGCCACGGACACACUGGCUUCAGACAUGCUGAGGAAGCUGGCAGAACGCCAGGAAGUGAACCGCCACACGGUGAGGAUCAAAGAAGAGGAAGAGCCGAUGGAAGUGGACACUCUGGUUGUCUCUGACCUUGUCCACGAGCGACCAAUCACACAAGAGAUAACCCCACCACCCGCAGUGGGGAGCCACCGCCUCUUCAGCAUUAAAUCAGAGGACCAGGGUGUCAGUGGCGACAAGAUGGCGGAGCUGUUGCACCCUGAAGCCAACAUGGCGGAGCAGUGUCUCCAUGGCCUUAAAACAGAGGACAAAUUCUAUUCUGGAGGCUGCCGGCCGGACUCUAAGACAGCGGACUGCCUCAUCUCCGGAGCCAACAAGUUUCAGUUCAGAGUGAAAAAGGUGGAUCAUGGCAUUUCUGGAGCCAAGAUGGCAGACCAGCUUCUAUCUGGAGCCAAGAUGGAGGACCAGCUUCUGUUAAAAGCAAAAACGGUGGAGCGACCUUUCUCUGCAGCCAAGAUGAGCAACAAGUUCCUCUCUGGAGUCAAGCUGGAGGACCAGUUUCCUUCAGGAGCCAAGAUGGAGGACCAGCUUGUCUUUGGGACCAAAAUGGAGAACAGGUUUCUUCCUGGAGCCAAGGUGGUGAACCAGGUUUGCUCGGGAGCCAAGACAGAGGAGCAGCUCUUCUUUGGAGCCAAGAUGGAAGACCAGUUCCCUUCUGGAGCCAAGAUGGCCGACCAGUGCCUCAGGGCCGUGCUGUGGCAGGACAUGUCAGUGAACCUGGCGUCCACGCUGCUGCACCAGCUCUCAGAGAGGGUCAGUAAAUCCAACAGCCGGCUGGAGGAGAGGACGACUCCGCCCGUCAGAAGCAGUCCCGCUCUGAAGGUGAAUGUGGACCCUCUACGCUCCCCGCCGCUCCUGAGCUCCUGGGAUCCUCCACACGAAACCAAAGCGAACCUGAGCAGAGAUCAAACCACAGGUGGCUCGUACUUCUACAGGUGUCAUGUGUGUGGCUUUGAGACGGACGGACGUGCCCUUUUCCAGGGUCACAUGACAGAGCACCGCCAAUGGGAGCGCGGCUCCUUCUCGCUGCACUGCUGCAUGUGCGACCACUCGACCAAUCAGGAGGCAGAGAUGAGGGCUCACGCUAGCACGCACAUGCGGGGCCACCUGGGAGCCAUUGGAGAGAUGAGAUGCCCCGUCGCCCCUCCUGCUGCCGCCGGCGCCGCCUCCAGCAGCACUCCAUCAGUUGCCGUGGCAACCCAACUAGAGACUAGCACCUCUGAGCAUCGCUGCCGCAUCUGCCAGAGGUCGUUUCCAGGGCAACAGGAGCUGCUGGUUCACUUCCAGGGUCAUCGCCAAGGCAACCAGUACCGGUGCGACCGGUGCGGCCACCUGACGAGGACAGCCAACAAGCUGGUGGAGCACGUGCGCGUGCACACGGGCGAGCGGCCGUUCACCUGUGACCUUUGCCCCUACAGCGCCAAGCGGCGGGACAGUCUGCGCCUGCACUGCAAGGUCAAACACCCCGCAGACGUGCACACGCACCGCUCGUACGUGCACGGAGACAGUCAGCGCUCACACAAACACGUACAGCGGCUGCACACGCCGCCCAGCACACACAGCGCUGCACCCUCCUCCUCCUUCUCCUCCUCCUCCUUCUCACUUCCUCCCAUCCACCCCUCCCUUUCUGAUCGGGCAGGAUGGAGGGAUUUGUCUCCUCUCCUCCCCAUCACCACACUCAUCUCCCUGAAACCUCGCUCUCCUUCCUCCUCCUCCUCCUCCUCCUCCUCCUUCUCCUCCUCCUCCUCCACCAAGCACUCCUUCCUCGGUUACCUUGGUCUGACGACUUCUUUGUAAAUGCUUUCUUUUUCUCCUCCUCCUCCUCUCCUCUUCUAUCCAUCCUGUGGACAUUUAAAGUGAUGGAUGUAAAGCUCUGUAAUGUAUCCGACGUACUGUCACUCAACACUAUGUAUGAGAAUGUCAAUCAGCUACUGUUAUGCUCAAUGCACUGAAAACUCACAGAUAAGGAACGUUUUGAAUUUAUUCGACUUUUGCAUCAUGCUCGUGAUUUUUGCUGCAUUCCUGCCUGCUUUUAGUCGGUCAUAUAAUCACUGAACUCUUAGCUAUUUAACCGUGUGACAUAUUUAUUGCCUGUCUCUCUCGUCCUUCAGAAACCCUGCACUUUUAAAUCCUCCCGUCACGCAUUUUACACACGCACACGUCGGCCGGGAUGGCGGCACAGUUUCCCCCCGUUUCCAUAACGCUUUGUGAUUUACGCAGACAUUUGGUGAAAAGAAAGAGGAAAUGUUGGAACCAGCGGGCUGCAGCUCCUCUGUCAGGCAGCACGGAGCUAAAUGCUAACGUCGUGCCCGCAGCGCUUUAAUGUUUAACAUGUUGGGUCACAAACCAAAGCGUUGGACAAAUUAAGAUCCGAUAGGAACAUGAAUGUCUGGACCAAAUUUCAGGGCUGAGAUAUUUCAGUCUGUUGCCAUCCUUACAGCUGCUGCUAGCUGUUAGCAUGGCUAAAAAAAAGUGUAAUUAUCUCGCCCUCUCACCCACUGAUAGCUCGUUAAAAGUGACGGGUUUUGCAGUGAUAAUAAAGCACUUUAUACCCGGGAGGUGCAGGCGCCGUGAGGAUGAAGCGGCGGGUCAUUACCUCCCUGUUUUACAUGCUCCAACAGAGGGCUUACGUCUCGUCUGAGGUCGUUUACAACUUUGAGUCAAAUGAUUUAAUUCAGUUUUACCAACAACUAUUUCAACUGAUCAACAGAAUGUAAUAAAUUAGUGAAAAAUGAAAAUCAGAGUCCAAAGUGACGUCUUCACGCCGCUUGUUUUAUCCGACCAACAGUCCAAAACCCCAAAAUAUUUUAGCGUACGAUCACGUAACGGCCAGAAGACCAGCAACCAAUCACAUGUAAGAAGCUGGAGCCUUCCCAUUUUUCAUGUUUUGGUUGCUUUUUGAUUAAUUUUCUGUCCAUCAAGCAGAUCAGCCUAAAUUAUUCAGAGCCAACACGAGGAAAAGUUCGGGCUCAGCGUCGUCUCCUCGAGCUUUGGGGAUUUUCGAAGGUACGAGGUUUCUGGGGGACAGCGAUGAUAUUUCUGAUAUUUGUGUUGUAUAUUGAUAAUGUAUUUGUGUUUACAUGACUACAUGGGGCUCCUGAGAGUCUAAAAUGUCUUAAUUUAAAGUUGCACUACGUGUCGUUUUGCUGAGACAGAAGAAGACUUUAGACGUCAGCGCUUCUUAACUCUCAUCACAGAAACAGGAAAAGCCAAACUUUGUCUGCAGCUUCACUCCUGACUCUCCACUACCAACUGCUAACUGUCCCAGCGGGUCUGAUGUCACUUCCUGUUUGUGUGGGCGGGGUCAAAGACUGUGCCCUGCGGGAUAAACCUCAUUUGUGUGCACAGUUUAUUCAUUCAUCAUAUCAAAUUUAUAAUAAUAAUAUCACAUUAUUAUCAUUCAUUUUGCCUCCACUGGCGAGUUUACUGAAAUACGAAAACCACAAUGUAAAAAUACUCUAUUACAGCUCAUGCAUUUAAAGUAAAAGUACAUAAGUAUUAUCGGUGAAAAGUACUCAAACACUGAAGCAGUUCAGUGAGAGGACAAAUUGAAGAAAGAAGAGGAGACAGCAACAGGACCAUUCACUCCGUUAAGUGUCAAUAUUAAUGAUUUGUAAAUUUAUGUAAUUUUUCCAGAUUUCAUUUCCAACUCUCAACUGCACAUGUGAGGACAUACAGAACACUGCAGUGAAAACAGAAAGUAGAACAUAAACUCUGAUGUUCCGUCUUCUGGUUCUGAUUUGACGUCGGUUUAGUUGUAUCCUGCAGCGAAUCCCCCAAAGCGCCAGCAUCUUCGCUAACGAGCUAACGUUUAAUUCAUGUGAGCCGAAAGAGCCAAACGGACCACUUUGUAAAACCAGAAAACAGUUUGCACAUUUUAACGAAUAAAGCUUUGAUAAAAUCACAUUAUUUCAUUGUGGUUUUUGAAAUCGUGGCGACGUGUGCCGUGGACGUAAUCCAGAACCUGACAGGAAGUGAUUUCAGCGCCGUUCAAACCCAAACCUGAAGCUCCGACAAACCACACAGAGCAGCUACACUGAAAAACCAGUUUCGGUAUGAAAUGUAUCUCCAACCAAUGGUGCUAGACUCCGAGAUGACUUCUGUUCCAUUUUGUAUCCUCGAAAACCACGCGAGGAAGCAGGAAAUACAAAACCCGCCCCUCUUUUUGAGGCUCGCCAUCAUCUCAGAUUGUUCUCUUUUCUCUCUCUCUCUCCUGUAUCCUGUUACUGUUUGCUGCUGCAAUGAUCAAUAAAGUUUAGUUUGAUCUGACUCACCUCCACUCACACCUUGUCGUUGCUGAACUGUGCUGCCUGAGUGCAGGGAGCUCAUGUUACAGUGCAACACGGAGAUGUGCUCCAUGCUGCCGACGCUCACCCAGGAGCAGUAGCAGUACUGCUCACGGGUACCACUACUGCUUUGUAAUACUGCAAAGUCACAUCACGGUGGGCUGGACACAAAAUGACUCACAUUUGGAGCAGAAAUGACAGAAUUUUGAGAGGCAUUUCAGAGAGAAAUCAGGGAUGAAGGUCACGCACCGCACUCACCAAACGAGUGGGAGGAUGAGUGUCGAUCGCCAUGGGUCCUGUCCCCUCCUCUGCGUUGCCACGGUUACCUGGCAUGUUGUAGGUCUCCAUGGCGGCGAGCAGGAGGCCUGCCCAUUGGCCGGGAGCAGCUCCGGGCUCGGCGAAUCAGCGGGCGAGCGUGAAGGCUCGAGGAGGGCCAAGAAGAAACACAUGCACACAAAGGUCAUUAUUAGAUUUUAGUAAACGGUCUCAGAGGAGAGCAGAAGGCAGGAAGGAUAAGAUGUGAGAGAGGAGGAGGAGGAGGAGGAGGAUAAAGAAAAUUAUAUUAAGAAACAAAAGAGGAGGAAGAGAAGGAGCUGAUGAGAGGAGGACAAUCGCUUCAUUUCUCCUCUCGGGGAAAAAGGUCAAAGGUCAAGGCCUGAGCUGAGCACGGCUGACACUUUCCAUCAGAAAUGAUGUCAGUUAAAGGCUCAGACAGCAGCUGUUAACGUACUGGAUGUUCUGUUUGUUCUGUACGAUUAGCUUAGCUUAGCACGGCAGCAUAAAGACUGGAAACAGGACUCAACAGCGCCUCCUGCUGGUGGAGUGCGGUAUGUCCACCUGCAUGCA